UGUGCGUGGUGGGUGUGAAGGAGUGUUAGAGAGAGAGAGAGAGAGAGAGAGAGAGAGAGAGAGAGAGAGGAGAGAGAGAAAGAGAAAGAAAAAGAGGGGAGAAAGAGACAGACAGAGUGAGAAGAACAAGCCGGUGGUGUAGCGAGAGAGGCGGAGGGCGAACGAGUGAGCGCGAGAGAAAUAAAAAAAAAAAGAAAAAAAAAGAGAAUAGAGGAAAGGGAUAUCGUUUUGUUGUCGUGCGUUGAAGGAGACGCAUUCGUGCGACUUGGUCAUGUUUUGCUCGUGCUUCGUAGCCGAGAACGAAAUGAUUCUUUGAAGCUUACAGAGAAGUCCUCUCUCGAACGGUUUAGGAGUGUGCGAGGAACAAAGGGAAGAUAUACGAUACGCUGUUGAGUAAUUUCGGUCUAUCUAUCUAUCUAUCGGUCGGUCGGUCGGUCGGUCGGUCGAUCGGUCGGACGGACGAACGAACGAACAAACGAACGAACGACGGACGGACGGACAGACGGACGAACGGACGGAUGGAUGGACGGACGGACGAUCGGACGUUAGUUCGUUCGGUUUGACGUUCGGAGGAUCAGUCUAUUUUGUUAAAGUCGCGUUGCGUCGUUUACUUUAAUCCACCGUCAAGGGUAUUAUAUUUUCUCAUCUAAGAGAAGAUAAUAUCCGCCAGCAGGUUUGGCGAGGUCGUCAGUUUUACGACGACGUCGUCGUCGUCGUCUGGCAGGCAACAGUGUAUCUAUCUCUCGCGUCGUUGUGUUUAUUCGAGCGUUUCUCUAUCGCGUUGGCAGAUCGGCGAUAGUAAAAACGAAAGCCAAAACGGCGACGUCAACGGCGACGAAGACGACGACGACAAAGACGACGACGAACACGGCGACGACAAAGACGAUCACGGAGACGACAAAGACGAUCACGGAGACGACAAAGACAACGACGACAAAGACGUCGACGUCGUACGGUGAUUAUUGGGUGCGCGUGUCUUUGUUUUUCUUUCUCGGUGCUCGAUAUUCAGAAGCGUUGUUGGUGCGACGGACAGAGUGCGGCGCGUUACCGUGAAAAGGAGGAGACGACGACGACGACGACGACAAGGAGGUUGUGGAGGAGGAAGAAGGAGGAGGAGGAGGAGGAGGAGGAGGAGGAGAAGAAGAAGAAGAAAAGAAGAAGAGGAGUCGGUUGCGGCGUUGGAGGAAGAAGAAGAGGAGGAGGAGGAGGAGGAGUCGGUGGUGGUGGUGGCGGUGGUGGAGGAGGAGGAGGAGGAGGAGGAGCGUUUAUCCGUGAGUUCACGAAGCCGUGGUGCGCGCUGGAUACGUAGCGGACUCUCGUGGAGGACCUUCGUGCGUGGAGCUACGAUCGGGUGGCACAGCUGAUCCAAGGACUCGGGUACGAAGGGCUCUUACUUGCCAAUAACAGCCGACAAAUAUGUCGUCCCCCAGCGCUGGAAAACGACGUAUGGACACGGACGUUAUCAAACUAAUAGAAAGCAAACACGAGGUGACGAUCCUCGGAGGACUCAAUGAAUUUUCUGUCAAAUUCUACGGACCACGAGGGACACCUUACGAGGGUGGAAUAUGGAAGGUGAGGGUUCACUUGCCCGAACAUUAUCCCUUUAAAUCUCCUUCGAUCGGGUUUAUGAACAAGGUCUACCACCCUAACAUUGACGAAGUUUCAGGCACCGUAUGCCUGGACGUUAUAAACCAGGCUUGGACUGCCCUCUAUGACCUGUCAAAUAUUUUCGAAUCCUUUCUGCCUCAGCUAUUAACAUAUCCCAAUCCCAUCGAUCCUUUAAAUGGUGAUGCAGCUGCUAUGUAUCUUCACAAACCAGAGGAAUACAAGAAGAAGGUAGCAGAUUACGUGAGGAAAUAUGCAACGGAGGAGGCAUUGAGGGACCAGGAGAAUGGCGGGACUGGGAACGGGAUGUCGUCCGAUAGCGAGUCAUCGAUGAGCGAUUUCAGCGAAGACGAGGCGCAGGACAUGGAGUUGUAACCAAAUAUUCUAUCAUCCAUACCCAUAUCCUUAAUAUCAAUUCCCUGUAAAACUCCGAUAUCGUUUGCCCUAUUACCAAAUAGAAUGCUUAUAUUCCAAAAAGCUCCGAAAGAGAGCUUCACUUUCGGUUUUGGCCGCACGACGUGUUCUCGUCGCACGUUAUCUCAGGUCGCGAUGGCCGACGACUCACGUUCUCCCUCCGACCAUCGUUUUCUCAUAGUCAUGUCUGAUAUCAAGAUUAUUAUAUCUUACGGAAUAAUGUAAAAGGGAUAAAUAUGUCCCCCUUCGCCUCGCCCCUCGCCUCGCCCCCUCUCCCCGUCUCUUCCCUCUUCCUCUCCUUGCAUACUCCGUUUUCUCUCUCUUUGUUUUCUCGUUUAUUAGAGACGCCUUUUUAAUAAUUACGUUGAUCUUGCUCUUUUUCUUUUUUUUUUCUUUCUUUUUUUUUUCUCUCUUUUUUUCUUUCUUCUUCUUCUUUUUUUUUUUUUCUUUUUUUUCUUGUUUAUAAAAAAAGAAAAAAGAAAAAGAAAACAGAGAAAAUAACGAGACAACGGAUAUAAAUGAAUUGUACGAUAAAUUUUAUUAAUCAAUUAUGUUACGUGUCAGGUGAUAUAUUGAAGGAGAAGGUGAGAAAGAGAGAUAGAUAGAUAGAUGAUGAUAGGAUAGAUACGAAGCAAUGGAGAAGCAUUGGAAUUUACGGGUUUUCUAACGAUCGCGAUUGGAUAUCCGCGAGGAUAAGAUUAUCGAAUCUGCGCGAAAUCGAUUUUUCUUUCUUUCUUUCUUUCUUUCUUUUUUUUUCCUUUUCCUUUUUUUUUUCCCUCCCUCUUUUUUCCCCCCUCUUGUCCCUUUUCUCUUUAUCCCCAUCCUUUUCUUUUCUUUACUUUCUUCAUUAUUUUCUUUCUUUCUUUCUUUUUUUUUUCCUUUUCAUUUUUUUUUUCUUUUUUUUUUGGAAUGCCAAAUUCUCGAAACCGCGCACGAGUGAGAUGGUUUUAUUCCUCUUUGAUAUACACAUUGAUAGUUCUCUAAACGUUCAACGUUCUCUCGUCCUUUGUUCGUCCUUUCUUCUUCUUCUUCUUCCAAUUUGCAUAUCCCCUCGUGUCUUCGCGCGCUGGUAAUUAUUGUAUAAUCAUUAUUAUAGAUGGCAUUUGGCGUCUUUCCUUUCUUUCUUUCUUUCUUUUCUUUUACAUAUAUAUAUAUAUAAAAAAAAAAAAAAAAAAAAAAGGAAAAAAAAAAAAGAAAAAAAAAAGGUUCGAGUCUGAAACUUUCGUUUUUUUUUUUUUUUCGAGCACAAGUCGAGAUUUUUUCGAGAUAUAUAAAUGUGUAUUUAAUUAUAAUCAAGUGGGGAAAAAAAAGUGCCAUGAGAAAUUUUUCAAGAGAAAUUGUAAGGGCCAGUUGACAACGAGAAUCGAUACAAUUGCAACGUCGACAUUGAUUUCAUUACAUUGCUGAUAAUCAACGUCCCAUUAGUCUGCGAGGGCUUAAAGAAAUAAAUUAUGAAAUUUUUAUUGUUUUCUAUAAAUUAGGACGAGUUAAAUGUAUUCGUUUAAAGUCAAAAGUUUUUUCAAUGGUAAAUGUCGCGAGAGAAAAUUUUUUUUUCUUUUUUUUUUUGUUCGUUUGUUUUUUUUUUUUCUUUUUUCUUUUCUUCUAAAUAUUCCUCGCGAGAAUCCGUUCAUUCUGCCAUGUCGUCUCUCUUUUUUCUUUUCUUUUUUUUUGUUUUAUUCUUUUUUUUUUUUUUUUCUUUUUUUUUGUUCAUUUCAUUUGACAUGGUCCGUGUUAAACGACUAAUUACAAGAGCUGUGCACAAUUUUCUUUUUUCAUUCUGAGAGAGAUCUUUACUUUUCUUUCUUUUUUUUUUUUUUUUUUUUUUUCCCCUUCAUUUUCUAUUAUUUAAUCUUCAUUUUUUGUAUCGCAUAGAAUACAUAUGUAAGGUGGAAAAUGGGUACUAGUCCCGUCUUCCUUUUUCCUGCCAUCAAGCCAUCCCUGUACGUUUUCCUCGCAGGAAGUAACAACGAGAGAAGGGCUCUAUCGCGGACGACAAAGAGACGUUGAAGUCACGAUAUAUACAAAAAGGGUGCCUCAAUCGUAAUUCGAACGACGAUAUGAUACAGUCAAUGCGACGAAAAUUCAUGCGAUCGACCACUGUGAAGAUACAACAAAACUUAAUUGAAAACCCGUGAUUGUUCGAAGUCUCAUCAUCAUUGCAUCUUCGAAUUACAUAAGAUGUCAUAUGUGUUUUUGGAUGUUCCAUGAAAUAUUGGAAAAGAAAAAACAAAAAAAAAAAAAAAAUAAAACAAAAAAAAAAGUUCAAACGAUCUUGUCGGGAGAUUCGACGGUAUUCACUGAGAAAAAUAUUUCGAGAUAUAGUUUACGAGAAGGUGAUGGGGGAGGGGUGGAGGUUGUGGAUAGUUGGGGGGAGGGGGACUUGUGGGAGUGUUGGAUAGGAUCGGGGAAAAGGGGAAAAGUAGGUAAAGCAAUCGAUAAACUGUGAUCUGCUAAUUUCUGUAUCGAAUCAUUAUACAAAAAGGAAAAAAAAAAAAAAAAUAGAAAAUUAAACAUCCUAUCAAGUCUGUAAUAAUAUUCGCUAUUGUGCAUAACUAUUAAGAUGCAUUUCAUUAAGGCAAAUGAUUGUUUCAUUUUUUCUUUUUUCUUUUCUUUGUCGCGAAUUAUAAAAAAAAAAAAAAAAACAAAAAAAAAAAAAAAAAAUACAAUAUUUGUAACAUCUUCCACGUCGUAUAGUAAAAAUCAAGCCAUUUUCGGAUAAACAGGAUAGUUAUAUCAUAUUACCGGAGUCUCCUUUUUGCAUAAAAGAAAAAAUAUUGAUAUUUUUUGAGAAUGAAAAAUAAUUCCCGAAGCACAUUUCUAAAAAAUUUUCAAAGAUCACUCGAAGGUGUUUUAGGCCCUUGGAUGUUUUUGCAUAGUCGUUAUAUACUUUUUAUCAAUCGAAUGCUUUAAGUAUUUGAGAAUCCUUGAUAAUGUUGAGAAACCUCAGGGAUCUUAUGUUCAGUAUCUCAAAGAUUUUUCGUGAUAAGAAUUGAAAGCAUGGGCAAGAUGUGUUACCGAAGGGAAAGAAUAUAUACAUAUAUAUAUAUAUAUAUAUAUUACGUGAGGUAUAAAAAUAGUCAAUUUUUUCUAAUUGGUAAAGAAAAUUUGGAAAAAAGAAAAAUGAAUAAUAUAGGAUAUUAAUGCCAAAAACAGAGCAGAUUCGAUUUGAAAACCGAAUAUGUACAAAUUAUGGUGCACAAUAAUCGUUGACGGAUAAUAGUAUUUUGUUCUAAACUGAUCUCUCCUCUUUGUUUAAUUCAAGUUCAAUAAAAGCAAAAAAAAAAAAACAAAAAAACGAAAAAAAAAACAAAAAAAAAAAAGAAAUGAUUAACUUUAUACGAGAGACACGUAUAGCCAUGGUAUUUUAGUGCCUUUCGUGGGCAGAGAAAUGUGCCUUAUUCUAUGGGUCUCAUGAAAGAAUUGCUUACAAAAACUAAUAAGAAGAACGAGAUAAUUGUUCUAUGUUAAUUGAUUCUGUUAUUUUACAUUUUUUACGUUAUUUAAAUUGCUUGCUAAAUUGUAGUGUGAUAUAUCAUUAUUGGCAAUUUAAUUAUGAAUUAGUCGUACGCUAUAUGAACAUUUCUAACAUUAUAAUAGAUAUUUUAUAUUGAUUCUAUUUAAUGUGAUAAUUAAAAAAUUGAAUUGAAAUGAAAAUAAGAAAUUGUAUUUAUGCUCGGAGUAAUUUUUUGAAAUUCAUUAUUGAAGCUUAUAUAAAAACGGAGAGAGAGCUAUUAUUAAAAGAAUGAAAAGAUAAUUCAAUUAAAAUUUUGUCGUGUUUAUUUUUGAAAUAUAAAAACAACGCGUAGAUUCAUUUCAUUUUAUUAAUUUUUAUCACACACACACACACACACAUACACACACAAAUAUUAUAAUAAAUUUAGAGUAAUAUUAUUAUAUUAUAUUGCUUCUCUCUUAUGUGAGUGCAUCCAUCGAAGUGGAUUUUUGAUUUUAUUUAUGAGCGCAUAACUCUUUGUUGAUAUAUGUAAUCAAUUCGAAGGAAAAAAGAAAAAGAAAAAGCAAAAAAAAAGAAAGAAAAGAAAAAAAAAUUAAUAAUUGGAAAAAAUGAUUUUAUACAUCGAUCGAAAAAUAAAAUUUGAUAAAAUUUCUUAUAUUCGCAUUAACAAUUAAACUCCAUAUAUGUAUGUCGUAUAUUUUUCAUCCAACGUGGAUUGCGCUCAUAUUUUAAGCUUUAUAUUUUGCCUUUCGUAUAAGGAAAAACAAAUGGAUAUUACUCGACCUUAUUAUAAAAAUUAAUUAUUUAAGACCUUCGUGAGUAUGGAAUCAUUAUCGAUGAUUUAUUUUCACGGUGACGCGAACGGCAAUGUGUAAUUCGUUAUUUUGAAAUGUCGAUUAUUAAGAGAUUAAGUAGACGAAUAUGGCUUUAUACUUUUUGGAAAUAUCAUAUAAAAAUAGAUUUCUUUUAUUUUUUAUUAUUAUUACUAUUAUUAUUAUUAUUAUUAUUAUUAUUAUUAUUAUUAUUAUUAAUAUUAAUAUUAUUAUUAUUAUUAUUAUUAUUAUUAUUAUUAUUAUUAUUAUUAUUAUUAUUAUUAUUAUUAUGAAUAUUUCUUUUUUUUUGUUGUUCUAAAUUAUACGCCGUCUUAUUUUUGCUGUUAUUUCUAUUGCAUUUUGUCAUUGUACGUUGAUAUAUGUUACAAAAUUGGAUAAAAACCAUAUGCGUUAUUAGGAAGAUUUGCUGCAUUUGUCGUCUUUGCACCUGUGUCCAUCCUAAAUGCAAAUUUGACGAAAAGCGAAGAAAAUAUUAUUACAUCGGGAAAUAAUUUGAAAAUAAAUGUCAAGAGAGGGAAAGUUAUGAGAGACGAUUAUAAAAAUGUGUAUUAGAAUGUACAUUAUAAUUUCUUUCGUAUCAUUUCUAAUGUUGAAUGUUUUCUUUGUGCGUUAUUACGAUACAUAGUUGCUUUUAUAUGUCAAUUUAUUUUCACAUUCUCAACGUGAAUGUCAAUUAAUUUUAUAUUAUUGAGAGAUUUCAUUGAAAACGAGAAAGAAAACACAUUACGGAGUAUUUGCGUCUAAUCAACAGGUCGAAGUGAUCGAGGUGAAGUCACGUUUUAAGAUCUCAUAUUAUCAUUAUACAUGUAUCAUAGAAUUAACUAGAUAUGUAUAGUAGUUAUCAUAUUCGCAUGACUCUACUGAAAAUAUGUAGUUUUUACUAACGAAUGUUCAUUUAAGUAAACGAAUAGUUUUAAUAA